AUGAGAAAAGAGGAGGAAACUGUGAGGGUUACAUCAGCGGAUCUAGGGAUUUUGAAAGGAUGUGGAAUCUACGCACUUACGUAUUUGUCCCGAGGAAUAGCUUCUGCUGAUAUGAAGAGUGAAGUGAAAAAAGAUAAGAGGAGGAAGAAGAAGAAGGUCGUUUUAUAUGAAAACCUUCGACCACUCAGAGAAGCUCGUGUGGAGCAACAUUCCAAAAUUGAAAAAAGGGCAUUUAUGGAAAUUGGGAGACGCAACAUGAAUGAAAAAAACCCUUCAAAUGUCAUGAUUAGUGCUUGGGGAUGGAACCACCUUGAAGGACGCGCCAAUCAUGAUUAA